UCCUUCAUUGCAACAAACCGUCCGCUUCUUUUGGUGUAUAUUGUGCAAUCGAUCAAUGGUUUCGCCCCUCCACGAAAGCCCUGAUUCCAUCCGUUUUCAAAAUCAUUUGUCUGAGAUGCCUUUUAUUGGACCCCCAUCACUCUCAAUUUCCACAACUCACACACAAUAAUCAAGUUCGCCUUCCUGUUUUUAGCUGGAGACCAACCGCAUUGCGAUCAUCGUCAUGUUUGAGGCCCAGGCUCUGCAUUUGAUUCGAAAAUACUUGGGAGAGUAUGUUCAUGAUCUCUCAUUAGAGACAUUAAGGAUCAGUGUUUGGCAAGGUGAUGUUGUCCUCGAAGAUUUAAAAUUGAAGGCAGAGGCACUAAACUCUUUAAAUCUUCCGGUUUCUGUCAAAGCUGGUGUAGUGGGCACCAUAACUCUAAAGGUUCCUUGGAAAAGUUUGGGUAACGAACCUGUGAUUGUUCUCAUUGAUCGCAUAUUUGUUCUUGCUCACCCAACUCCUGAUGGACGGAAUCUUAAAGAGGAGGACAGGGAAAAAGUUUUUGAAGCUAAAAUUCAACAAAUUGCGGAAGCAGAAUCAGCAACUCUGGAAGCGAUAUCUGGGUCGAAGCUGGAAAGUCCAUCUCCUGGAAAUUCAUGGCUUGGUUAUCUGGUUGCUACAAUUGUUGGAAAUCUGAAGAUAACUAUCAGCAAUGUACAUAUCAGAUAUGAGGAUUGCAUCAGUAAUCCUGGUCAUCCGUUUUCUUCUGGUGUUACCCUGGCUAAGCUUGCUGCUGUUACUAUGGAUGAGAAAGGGAAUGAGACCUUUGAUACCAGUGGUGCUCUUGAUAAGUUGCGUAAGUCUUUGCAACUGGAGAGGCUUGCUAUGUAUCAUAAUUCGGAUAACCUGCCUUGGAAGAUAGAUAAGAAAUGGGAAGAUCUUAGUCCCAAAGAAUGGGUUGAGGUAUUUGGAGAUGGUAUAAACGAACCUCCUGCUGACAGUGAAGUGGUAUCUAUGUGGGCUAUGAAUCGCAAUUACUUGGUGUCACCAAUCAACGGAGUACUCAAGUAUCAUCGACUUGGAAAUGAAGAAAGAAAUGACCCAGAUAUCCCUUUUGAGAAGGCUUCUCUUGUCUUAAGUGAUGUCUCCUUGACUAUUACAGAGGCACAAUAUCGUGAUUGGAUAAAACUUUUAGAAGUUUUUUCAAGAUAUAGGACAUAUGUUGAAAUUUCCCAUUUAAGACCUUUGGUUCCAGUUUCGAAGGAGUCUUAUGCUUUGUGGUGGCGGUAUGCAGCUCUGUCGUCAUUGCAUCAGAGAAAACUGUGCUAUCGGUUCUCAUGGGAUCAAAUUCGGCAUAUGUGCCAGCUUCGUCGACUUUACAUUCACUUGUAUGCCGGUUUGCUACAACAGUCAUCACGUCCUGAAAACUUAGAAAUUCGAGACAUUGAGAAAGAUCUUGACUCAAAAGUAAUUCUUCUAUGGAGGUUACUUGCACAUGCGAAGGUUGAAUCUGUGAAGUCUAAGGAAGCAGCUGAACAGAGAAGGCUUCAUAAGAAAAGUUGGUUUACAUUGGGAUGGAAUGCACAAUCUGAAGAUACAUCUGAUGGUGAUGCUUUUGAUGGAUCACAAUUUACGGAGGAAAGGAUGAGUAAAGAAGAAUGGAAAGCAGUCAAUAAGUUACUCAGUUACCAGCCAGAUGAGGAAUUGGUGUCAUAUUCAGGGAAGGACAUGCAGAACAUGAUCCAAUUUUUGGUAACUGUAUCUAUUAACCAAGCUGCUACGAGGAUCAUCAACAUAAACCAGAUGGAGAUUGUUUGUGGUAGAUUUGAACAACUCCAUGUGUCAGCAAAAUUUAAACAUCACAGUACCUACUGUGACGUAACGUUAAGAUUCUAUGGUGUCUCAGCCCCUGAAGGUCCACUUGCUGAGAGUGUCUGCAGUGAGCAAAAGGUGAAUGCAUUAACUGCUAGCUUUGUACAGUCACCUAUGGGAGAGAAUGUUGAUUGGAGGUUGUCAGCUACAACUUCCCCCUGCCAUGUUACGGUUUUGAAGGAAAGUUAUGAUCGUUUUUCUGAGUUUGUGAAGAGGAGUAAUGCAGUUAGUCCUACUGUUACACUGAAAACCGCUAGUAAAUUGCAGACGAAGAUCGAAAAAGUGACUCGUCGAGCACAUGAGCAGAUUCAGACGGCGCUUGAGGAGAAAAGCAGAUUUGCUCUGGACAUUGAUCUUGAUGCUCCAAAAGUUAGGAUUCCUCUAAGGGCACGUGAAUCUUCCAAAUGCGACAGCCAUUUUCUUUUGGAUUUUGGUCAUUUUACAUUGCAUACCAUGGAGAGUCAGUCUGAUGAACAGAGGCAGGAUUACUCUCACUUCUACAUAUCAGGAAGGGAUAUUGCUGCUUUUUUCACAGAUUGUGGUUCUGAUUGCCAGAACUGCACUUUGGUGAAGCCAAAUUCUAGUGAUCAAUCAACGGUGAUGUCACCUAGGUUGGAGAAGGUUGACAAUUUUUAUUCUCUUAUUGAUAGGUGUGGGAUGAAAGUAAUUGUUGACCAAAUCAAGAUUCCUCACCCAAGUUUCCCACCCACACGUGUUUCUGUUCAAGUGCCAAAACUUGGCAUUCACCUUUCUCCCGCAAGAUACUGCAGACUUAUGGAACUUCUGAACAUAUUGUAUGCUGCUAUGGAUGCCCGUGUUCAACCUAGUGUUGUUGAUUUCCAAGCUGGAGUGGCUUCUUGGAGUGCUACAGAUCUUGCUACUCAUGCUAAAAUCCUAGUUUGGCGGGGUAUUGGAAACUCUAUUGCUUCGUGGCAGCCCUGUUAUGUCGUUUUAUCUGGAUUUAAUCUUUAUGUCUUGGAAUCUGAAAAAUCUCAAAAUCACCAGCGGCACUUGAGCAUGGCUGGAAGACAGUUGCAUGAGGUUCCACCAACGAAUAUUGGUGGGUCUCCAUUUUGUAUCGCUGUGAGCCCAAGAGGGGUGGACACUCAGAAAGUUUUGGAGUCAUCAGGUACCUGGGUUAUUGAAUUCCGAGGGGAGGAAGAGAAGGUCACCUGGUUGAGAGGACUUACACAAGCCACUUACCAAGCUUCUGCACCUCCACCAGUUGAUGUACUAGGAGAAACAAGUGCUGAUAUAAGUGAAGACGAUGAUCCUCAAACAGGAAAUUCAAAGGCUGUUGAUCUUUUUAUUAGUGGGGAAUUGGUGGAGACAAAGCUGUGCAUAUAUGGGAAGACAGGAGAGGGUGCUGCCGAGAAACUAGAAGAACGGCAGAUUCUUGAGGUUCUUGCUAGUGGUGGAAAGGUGACAAUGAUUAGUUCAGCGAGCGAGCUUCUGGUUCAGACAAAGUUGCAUUCACUGCAAAUUAAGGACGAACUGCAGGGUCGUAUGUCUGGCAAUUCACAGUACUUGGCUUGUUCUGUGCUGAAAUAUGACAGUUCACUUGAAUCUAAACAAACUUGUGAGGAUGGGAAUGAGAUGUCUGUGACACACCUAGAUGAUGAUGAUGGGGGUGAUGAUGACGGGGAUGAUGAUGAUGAUGAUACUUUUAAGGAUGCUCUGCCUGAAUUUAUUUCUCCGUCUGACGCUGGUGCUCUUCCACAAUAUACGGAUAUGAUGGAUGCCUCCGGAUACGAGUCUGAUGAAGUGAAAAUUCAUGAACAAGAUUUAAUACAAGGAAAAGGACUCUCUGGGGAGAUAUUUUAUGAUGCACAAGGUGGUGGUGAUUUGGAUUUUGUAUCAGUUACCUUCUCAAAGAAGGGUCCUAGUUCUCCUGUUUAUGAUGGUACAGACACACAGAUGAGCAUUCGCAUGUCCAAGCUGGAGUUUUUUUGUAACAGACCCACACUUGUUGCUUUGAUUGGAUUUGGCCUUGACCUAGGUUCUGGGAGUAAUACAGCAAGUGCUGUAGAUGUAAAUGAAACUUCGAAGGAUAAGACGGACAAAGAAAAGGCUGAAGAAAGUGGUUGUAUUGAAGGGUUGCUGGGAUAUUAUAAAGCUCGAGUUGUAUUUGAUUUGAACAUGGAUAUUGAUAAUGUCACUGUGUUUCUAAACAUGGAGGAUGGAUCUCAGCUGGCAAUAUUUGUGCAAGAAAGUUUCCUGUUUGAUUUUAAGGUCCAUCCUACAUCCCUUUCUAUUGAAGGCACAUUGGGAAAUAUGAGACUCCGAGAUAUGUCACUUGGAAUAGAUAAUUGGUUGGGUUGGCUAUGUGAUAUACGUAAUCCAGGAGUUGAAUCACUUAUAAAGUUCAAAUUCAAUUCUUUCAGUCCCGGGGAUGAUGAUUAUGAAGGGUAUAAUUACCACUUGUGUGGGCGACUUUCUGCUGUUCGAAUUGUUUUUCUCUAUAGGUUUGUUCAAGAGAUAACAGUUUAUUUCAUGGAGCUUGCCACCCCACAUACAGAAGAAGUAAUAAAACUUGUUGAUAAGGUUGGCGAUUUUGAGUGGUUAAUUCAGAAAUCUGAAAUUGAUGGAGCUGCUGCUUUGAAGCUGGAUCUCACACUCGACACUCCAAUAAUUAUAGUUCCAAGAAAUUCAAUGAGCAACGAGUUCAUUCAACUUGAUGUGGGUCUUCUGAAGGUCAGAAAUAAAAUAAGUUGGCAUGGAUUGCCUGAGAAAGAUCCUUUUGCCGUUCGUCUUGAUAUCAUUCAUGCUGAGUUUCUUGGAGUAAACAUGUUUGUGGGAAUUGAUGGUUGUAUUGGUAAACCAUUGAUUCAUGAAAGCAGAGGGCUUGAUGUUUAUGUUCGACGGAGUUUGAGGGAUGUUUUUAGAAAAGUCCCAACAUUUUCCUUGGAAGUUAAGUUUGACUAUUUGCAUGGUGUAAUGUCUAACAAAGAAUAUGAUGUUGUUCGUAGCUGUACAACUAUGAAUUUGAAUGAAGCCCCUAGGCUCCCUCCAAGUUUCCGUGGCAGCAAAUCUGCUUCUAAAGAUACAAUAAGGCUAUUGGUUGAUAAGGUCAACAUGAAUAGUCAGAUGCUUCUAUCACGUAGUGUAACCAUUUUGGCCGUCGAAAUCAAUUAUGCACUGUUGGAGUUGUGUAGUGGCACACAUGAGGAAUCACCUUUAGCUAGAAUAGCUCUAGAAAGCCUUUGGGUAUCAUACCGCAUGACGUCAUUGUCAGAAACAGACCUCUAUGUGACUAUUCCUACUUUUUCUGUUCUCGAUAUCCGCUCCAAUACGAAGCCUGAAAUGCGACUCAUGCUUGGAUCAGCUGCCGACGCUUCCAAACAAGCUUCCACUGGAAACUUUCCAUGCUUAAACAAGAGUAACAUUAGCAGAGUGAAUUCUGAAGCAGGUAAGUUGGAUGUGUCAAUUUCAACAAUGUUCUUGAUGGACUAUAGAUGGAGAUUGUCUUCCCAAUCAUCUGUGUUUCGACUUCAACAUCCUCGAGUACUCGUUGUGCCGGAUUUCCUUCUUGCUUUGGGUGAGUUCUUUGUGCCAUCAUUGGGAGCAAUGACUGGAAGGGAAGAAACAAUGGACACCGAGAAUGAUCCAAUUAGAAAAAAUAACAGCAUUAUACUUGCUGAUAGUGUGUAUAAACAGAAUGAAGAUGUUGUGCACUUGUCACGGAGUAGACAGUUGGUUGCUGAUACUCAGGGCAUCGAUGAGUAUACAUACGAUGGUUGUGGAAAGACUAUCGUCUUAAGUGAAGAGAAUGAAGCAAAUGGGUCACACCCUGCCCAAUUUUGUCCCAUUGUUAUAAUUGGGUGUGGCAAGAGGUUGCGAUUUGUCAACGUAAAAAUUGAGAAUGGUUAUCUUUUGAGAAAGUAUACAUACUUGAGCAAUUAUAGCAGCUAUUCAGCGUCACCAGAAGAUGCUGUUGACAUAAAUUUGAUGGAUACUAUAAGUUCUGACAAUGACAAGAAGAUUGCAGACAAUCAAGAGUUAACAAACACUCCAAAUACUUCAUGCUUACAAGAUGGCCCCGAAGCUGUGCAGAGUUUCACUUUUGAAGCUCAGGUUAUUUCUCCAGAGUUCACAUUCUUUGAUAGUACCAAAUCUUACUCGGAUAAUUCAUCUUACGGCGAAAAACUUUUGCGCGCAAAAAUGGAUUUAAAUUUCAUGUAUGCAUAUAAGGAAAAUGAUACCUGGAUCCGUGCCAUGGUGAAGGAUCUGACAGUUGAGACCGGUUCUGGUCUUAUCAUCCUGGAUCCAUUGGAUAUUUCGGGGGGAUAUACUUCCAUCAAAGAGAAAACUAACAUUUCUCUGAUUUCAACUGAUAUUUGUGUUCAUCUUUCAUUAGGCGCAAUCUCUCUUCUACUUAACCUCCAGAAUAAAGCUACUGCAACAUCACAAUUUGGAAAUGCAAUUCCCCUGGCUCCUUGCAUCAGUUUUGACAGAAUUUGGGUGUCGCCUAAAGAGAAUGGAUCUCACAAUAAACUUACCAUUUGGAGGCCACAAGCUCCAUCAAACUAUGUUAUAUUGGGAGAUUGUGUGACAUCUAGCCCAAUUCCUCCUUCACAGGCAGUAUUAGCAGUAAGUAAUGCAUAUGGGCGCGUUCGGCAUCCAGUGGGUUUUAAACUUAUUGGUUUUCUCUCUCAUGUCCUUGGAUUGGAAGAAAUGGAAGGCCGUACUGAUAUUGACGGUGAUUGCUCCCUUUGGAUGCCGGUUUCACCUCCAGGGUAUAUAUCAAUGGGUUGUGUAGCAAACAUAGGGAAUCGCCCACCACUAAACCAUGUUGUUCAUUGCCUGCGCUCUGACCUUGUAACAUCUACAACUUGUUCAGAAUGUUUGUUGAAUUCACCACCAAAUCAGCAUUUUACUUCUGGAUUUAGUAUUUGGCGUUUGGACAAUGUUCUUGGAUCAUUUUAUGCUCAUUCUUCAAAUACAUACCCUUCCAAAGAAAAUAUUUCUGACCUUAGUCAUCUUCUACUCUGGAAUUCAGUAUGGUCUUACACAUCUCUGGAGGAAUCUGUUCCUGAUUCUACCGCAGACAAUGAUAAUGCUAGUCAUCAAACAAGUAACCAGAGUGCUAGCUCAUCUGGGUGGGACAUUCUCAGGUCAAUGUCAAAAGCAUCUAGUUGUUACAUGUCAACCCCUAACUUUGAGAGAAUGUGGUGGGACAAGGGUGGUGGCCUCCGCCGACCAGUGUCAAUUUGGCGGCCUGUUUCACAUCCUGGCUAUGCAGUAAUAGGUGAUUGCAUUACAGAAGGAUUAGAACCACCUGCUCUGGGCAUAAUUUUUAAGUCUGAGGAUCCAGAAAUCUCUGCAAAGCCUGUGCAGUUUACUAAAGUUGCCCAUAUUACUGGGAAAGGUUUUGAUGAAGUUUUCUUCUGGUUCCCAAUAGCCCCUCCUGGUUAUUCUUCUUUAGGGUGUGUGGUUUCCAGAACAGAUGAAGCCCCAAGCACGGAUUUCAUUUGCUGCCCAAGGAUGGAUCUUGUUAGCCCAACCAACAUCAUUGAAGUGCCCAUUUCCAGAUCUUCAAGCUCAAAAGCAUGUCAGUGCUGGAGCAUUUGGAAAGUUGAAAAUCAGGCUUGUACUUUUCUUGCACGUUCAGAUACAAAAAUGCCAUCAACACGGUUGGCUUACACUAUCAGUGAUUCUGUGAAAACGAAGACACGGGAAAAUGUAACUUCUGAGAUUAAAUUGAGAUUCUUCUCUCUAACUGUUUUAGACAGCCUGCAUGGAAUGAUGACACCGCUAUUUGAUUUGACGAUUGCCAACAUCAAGUUGGUGACACAUGGUCGGCCGGAGGCUAUGAAUUCAGUCCUCAUUUCUUCUAUUGCUGCUUCAACCUUUAAUAUGCAGUUGGAAGCGUGGGAGCCCUUGGUUGAGCCCUUUGAUGGCAUAUUCAAGUUUGAAACAUAUGAUACCAAUGUGAAUUCAUCAUCAAUGCUUGGGAAGAGGGUGCACAUUGCUGCUACCAACAUUGUGAAUAUAAAUGUCAGUGCGGUGAAUCUUGAUACUUUAGUAGAAACCAUUCUUUCAUGGAGACGACAGUUAGAGCUUGACCAGAAAGCAACAAAGCUGACUGAGGAGGCUGAUACUCAUUCUGGAAGUGAAGAUCUAGCAUUUUCAGCCCUGGAUGAAGAGGAUUUACAAACUGUGGUAGUAGAGAAUAGACUUGGGAACGAUCUGUUCAUUAAAAGGAUUGAACAGAAUUCAGAGGUGGUUGACCAACUUCAUGAUGGUGACUUUGCUUCUGUCUGGGUCCCACCUGCAAGGUUUUCAGAUAGGCUAAAUGUUGCUGAGGAAGCUAGGAAAGCACGCUAUUAUGUUGCUGCACAGGUUCUUUUUGCCAAGGGCUUACCUAUAGUGGAUGACGGUAAUAGCCAUAACUUCUUUUGUGCUUUACGCCUUGUCAUUGACAGUCAAGCAACAGAUCAGCAAAAACUUUUCCCGCAGAGUGCAAGGACAAAAUGUGUGAAGCCCUUAGUUUCAGACAAAGAGUACCCGAAGAAAGGCAUUGCAAAGUGGAAUGAACUUUUCAUAUUUGAAGUUCCCCGUAAGGGGGUUGCUAAAUUGGAGGUGGAGGUAACAAACCUUUCUGCAAAAGCCGGUAAAGGUGAAGUUGUUGGUGCACUUUCUUUUCCUAUUGGGAAUCGUGCCAAUAUGUUAAAAAAGCUAGCUUCAUCAAGGAUGUUGCCUCCAUGGAAUGAUACUCAGAAUAUUGAAUCAUAUUCGUUGAAGAAAAAGUCCAGUAAUGUUGAAGAUAUGCAUGGCGAUGUUAAACUCUUUGUUUCUAUGUCUUAUUUUGAGAGGGAUACAACUGCGAAUUUUGAAAGAAAUACUGAAAGCAAGGAUGCUUCUGACAAGGACAUAGGUUUCUGGGUUAGGCUUGGAUCAGAGGGUUCAUGGGAAAGCAUUCGGUCACUGCUUCCAUUGUCAGUAGUCCCAAAAUCAUUCCAAAGCGAAUUCAUUGCAAUGGAAGUUGUUGUGAAAAAUGGAAAGAAGCAUGCCAUUUUCAGGGGUCUUGCUACCGUUGUAAAUGAAUCUGAUGUUAAUUUGGAUAUUGCAGUAUGUCGCGUGUCAAUGCUUCAGGAUUCAGGAUCAAGCGCUCGAAAAAUAAUGGUAGAAGAAAUCUUUGAAAAUCAGAGGUAUCACCCAAUAUCUGGCUGGGGUAAGUGGUCUGGUUCUCAAGGUAGUGACCCUGAGUGCUGGAGCACCAAAGACUUCUCAUGUUCAUCAAAGGAUUUUUUUGAACCUCCCCUACCUAAGGGGUGGGAAUGGAUAUCGACAUGGACUAUCGAUAAAUCCCAAUUUGUUGAUGAAGAUGGAUGGGCUUAUGGUGUUGACCAUCCAAAUCAAUGGCCCUCGACUUCUUCAAAAUCACAUAUUAAAUCUGGUAAUGAUGUUGUGCGGAGGAGGCGUUGGAUCCGAAAAAGACAACUAAUUGCUGAGAAAGGCAAAAGUUGCACAGAGAGUGGCUUCACUACGAUAAGCCCCCGAUGUUCUACUGUUUUACCUUGUGAAAGUACAUCUAAAGCAUCUGAUCAGUGUUUACGCAUUCGUCCCAGUGUUGAUUAUUCUAAGCUGCCAUACGCUUGGGGUCAUAUUAUUGUUGUUGCCAUUGCUUCAAGUUUUGCAAGUGGAAAGGACCAGCCUUUUGUAGAUCAGUGUUCACUAUAUAGUAAAAAUACUUUGCCACAUGGAAGCAAAUUUCCCAAUUUCGCUCUUAUGUUAAAUCAACUUGAAAAAAAGGAUAUACUUCUUUGUUGUUGCCCUGCUGUUGAAGGCAGGCAAAUUUGGCUCAGUGUAGGUGCAGAUGCGUCAGCCCUUCAUACUGAGCUUAAUCAGCCUGUCUAUGAUUGGAAUAUCUCUGUUAAUUCUCCAUUGAAGUUGGAAAAUCGAUUAUCUUGUCCAGCUGAAUUCACAAUAUGGGAAAAAACAAAAGAACGGAACUAUAUUGAACGAGAGCAUGGAACCAUAUCUUCACGGAAGAGUGCUCAUAUAUAUUCAGUGGAUAUCCAAAGACCAAUAUAUCUUUCAUUUUUUGUACAGGGUGAUUGGAUUUUGGAAAAGGACCCGGUUCUUAUUUUGGAUCUUUCUUCCGGUGAUCACAUUUCGCAUUUCUGGAUGUUCCACCAGCAAAGUAAAAGGAGAUUGCGUGUGAGCAUUGAACAUGAUAUGGGAGGAACCAGUGCUGCACCUAAGACGAUAAGGUUUUUUGUUCCAUAUUGGAUCAUUAAUGAUUCGUCUCUGCCUUUAGCUUAUCAAGUGGUAGAAAUUGAAGGUUCGGAUACUGCAGAUGUGAAUUCACACUCACUAUCUAAAGCAGUUAAAUCGGCAAAACAUUCAAGUACUGAAAGGAAAAAUUCAGGUCCAAGGAGAAACAUUCAAGUACUUGAAGCUAUUCAGGACACCAGUCCAAUAGCUAGUAUGCUUUCGCCACAAGACUUUGCCGGCCGUAGUGGUGUUACACUGUUUACAUCACAAAAGGAUACAUAUGUGUCCCCACGUGUUGGUAUUGCUGUGGCUCUCAAAGAUUCUGAAAUUUACGGCCCUGGGAUUUCUCUUCUUGAGCUUGAAAAGAAGGAACGUGUUGACUUAGCAGCAUUCGCUUCACGUGAGUCCUACUACAAGCUUUCAGCUCUAGUUAAUAUGACCUCUGACAGAACAAAGGUCAUCCAUCUUCAGCCAUACAUGCUAUUUGUUAAUAUGGUCGGUUUAAGUAUUUGUCUGCAGCAGUAUGAUUCUCAGACAGUAGAAUGGAUCCAUCCCACUGAUCCUCCAAAACUCUUUGGAUGGCAGACUUCUUCAAAAGUUGAGUUGUUGAAGUUACGGGUAGAUGGAUAUGGGUGGAGUACACCUUUUAGUGUUUGUAGUGAAGGGGUGAUGCGUGUUUCUUUGAAAAAUGACACUGGAAGUAAUCCGUUAUUUUUAAAGGUUGAAGUUAGGAGUGGAACGAAAAGCUCACGCUACGAAGUUAUCUUCCGCCCAAACUCCUCAUCAAGUCCUUACAGGAUUGAAAAUCGCUCCAUUUUCUUACCAAUACUCUUCCAGCAAGUGGAUGGCACUAGUGAUUCAUGGCAGUCUCUUCUUCCCAAUACAGCUGCUUCUUUCUUAUGGGAAGACCUUGGUCGACGGCAUUUGUUGGAAAUCCUUGCAGAUGGAGCUGAUCCAUCGAGCUCAGACAAGUACAAUAUUGAUGAGAUUUUUGAUUACCAGCCGGUUGAUUUGCUAGGCCCUGUCAGAGCUUUACGGGUUACCAUCCUAAAAGAAGAAAAAGUAAAUGUUGUUAGGAUCAGCGAUUGGAUGCCUGAAAAUGAACCUACAGCAAUAAUUGAUCCAUCCUCAUUCUCAGAGCUUUCCGGAAAUGUGUCUCGUCAACAGCAAUUGCAGUCCACCCCAGAAUGUGAGUUUCAUUUUAUUCUCGAGCUUGCUGAGCUUGGGGUGUCCAUUAUUGACCAUACGCCUGAGGAGAUAUUAUACCUGUCGUUGCAAAAUGUUCUUUUGGCAUAUUCUAGUGGCUUGGGCUCUGGACUUAGCAGGUUCAAAUUAAGAAUGAAAGGAAUUCAAAUGGAUAACCAGUUGCCAUUAACUCCAACACCAGUUCUAUUCAGGCCUCAGAAAAGUGGGCAGGAAACUGACAAUAUUUUGAAAAUUUCCGUUACCAUGCAGACAAAGGGAUCACUGGAUCUAUCUGUCUAUCCAUACGUGGGUUUCCAAGGGCCUGAUAACUCUGCAUUCUUAAUAAACAUUCAUGAACCUAUCAUAUGGCGCAUUCAUGAAAUGAUACAGCAGAUCAAUCUCAGUAGGUUAUAUGAUAGUAAAACUACAGCUGUGUCAGUUGAUCCUAUCAUUCAUAUUGGGAUUCUCAACAUCUCAGAAGUUCGUCUGAAAGUGUCGAUGGCUAUGUCACCUAGCCAACGGCCUAGGGGAGUCCUUGGUUUUUGGUCAUCUCUAAUGACUGCAUUAGGGAACACUGAGAAUAUGACUAUUAGGAUAAACCAAAGAUUUCAUGAGAAAGUGUGCAUGAGGCAGAGUAUGAUGAUUAGCAAUGCUAUUGCAAAUAUCAAAAAUGAUCUUCUUGGUCAGCCGUUUCAAUUGCUCUCCGGACUUGAUAUAUUGAGCAAUGCAAGUAGUGCUCUUGAUCAUAUGAGUAAAGGAGUGGCUGCUUUAUCAAUGGAUAAGAAAUUCAUUAAAAGCCGACAGAGACAGGAAAAUAAGGGUGUAGAAGACUUCGGUGAUGUUAUUAGAGAAGGGGGUGGAGCACUAGCAAAAGGUCUGUUCAGAGGAGUUACGGGCAUAUUAACAAAGCCUCUUGAAGGCGCAAAAAGCUCUGGUGUCGAGGGCUUUGUUCAGGGUGUUGGAAAAGGCAUAAUAGGAGCAGCUGCACAGCCCGUGAGUGGGGUACUGGAUCUUCUGUCAAAAACUACUGAAGGUGCGAAUGCUAUGAGAUUGAAGAUAGCAUCUGCCAUAGCUUCAGAUGAACAGGUCCUCCGGAGGAGGUUACCUCGUGUAGUCACUGGCGAUAGUUUGCUUCGGCCAUAUGAUGAGUACAAAGCACGAGGACAGGUCAUAUUGCAAUUGGCGCAAUCAGGUUCUUUCUUUGUUGAUCUAUUCAAAGUACGUGGAAAAUUUGCAUUAUCAGAUUCAUAUGAAGAUCAUUUCAUGCUGCCAAAGGGAAAAUUUCUUAUGGUUACUCAUCGAAGAGUACUAUUAUUGCAAACAAGUACAAAUAUCACUCACAGGAAAUUCAAUCCGAUGAAGGAUCCGUGUUCAGUAUUGUGGGAUGUCAUGUGGGAUGAUCUGAAAACCAUGGACUUGACACGGGGGAAGAAAGACCUACUAAAAGCUCCACCAUCACGGCUCGUACUCCAUCUAAAGACUAAACAAGCAGAUGCAAAAGAACAAGUUCGAAUCAUAAAAUGCAACAGAGGAACUCAUCAGACUCUUGAAGUUUACUCUUCAAUUGAAAGAGCAAUGAUCACAUAUGGAAGAAACCUUUCGAAGGAGCUACUGAAGAAGGCUACUAAACCAUAUUCUCCGGUUACCGACACUGCUGCCAUUGAACUGAUUCCGAAAGAAGGGGCUGCCACCUGGUCUCUUAAAUAGGGAAUCAUCGUCACCGAUAACUUAGCAUGAGUUUCCAAGACGUGCUUUCAUCUUCCGCUAUGGAUUUAUUUAUUUCGAUGUUUCGAAGGACAAUAUUUGCAAUUUGCAGAGCCCCAUAUAAACAUGGAUGCUUCGUCCUUCCUCCAAGCUU